AUGGAUGAGUUUUUCGAAUGUAUUCUUGGCGGAUUGAUGUUUCUGCCUCGAUUUGACGCCGACAAAAUAAAAUCUGGAUCCAUUACCGCUGAAGAUGUGCCGACGCUUAUUCACGACGGGAAGCUCCUGAAGUCGGUCCCUGUCGAAGAGGGCGAAAUCACUGAAGACUGGCCUGAGCAGCUUGUGCCGUUCACGUGGCAUCUGCUUCCACAUGCAAACGAUGAGGAGACAAAGAUUAUUGAUGCCCUAGUCGAGGAGAGUGCCAAGAUUGAUGCUCCUAAGCGAGGCCGUGGUCGCCCUAGAAAGACCAAGGCCCCGGAAUCUGGAGAAACUCGCCCAAAGGUUCGUCGGACCCAGAAGACUGUUGCUGCUCCCCUGAUGCGUUUUGAGGAGCUCAACCUAAAACCUCUAGCUGUUGUCUCGUUGUUUGCGGAUGCUGAAGGACGUAUGCGUGUCAGCACUCUACCCCGCAUGGAGAUGGUGAACUUCGAA